AGUACAAUAUGUAGGGAUAUUUAGAUAAUCAAAUAAUGUUUACCUAGCAUGAUUAAACAUCAGCUCAUGUCAUGACGACAGUCUCUAAGAAACUUCUGUUUACCACAAAGUGUUUUAGUUUUAAUCCUUGCUGUGACUCUAGCAGAGAGGGAGUCCAAGAAUGAAGAGCUUAUAUGAGGUUACGGGAUGGGUACUUAGUUCCUUUGGGAUUACAAGCAUUUUUUCUGGAAUUUUGGCUUUUUUUCCUGCUUUUUCUUACAAGCCUUGGUUUGUUGGCUGGAGUGUUCGAAUUGCCUGUCCCAUCUGGAAUGGAGCUGUGGCUCUUAUUGCUGGCAUGCUUGUCCUUCUGGCUGACAGACAACACACGCAAAGAUCGCUGUGGGAAGCUAGUUUCAGUUUUGGAGUACUGAGCAUCACAGGCAGCUCGAUUCAAUUUGCUGUUGCCAUUGCAGCCACCCUCCUGGGUCCAUACUGCUACUAUUCUUUUGCAGGGAUUGCUGGGACCAAUUAUCUUGGUUACGCGGUUCUCAUCCCUUUUCCCUACACCAAAUUCACAGCUAUCUGCAAGGACCCAUUGUCCUACGAGUGGUACCAUCUAGUUCUACAAAUACUAGACCUUUGCUCCAGUUUUGCUAUGUUUUGUGCAUCUUUAGCUUUUGUCAUCAAGCUCACUGUAAGACUACUUCAGUUUGGACAUUUAAAUGGACAAAGACAUGUAUGGUAGACCAUCAUUUUAGGACAUUUCUGCACAUCUCUUGGACUAUGAUAGUAUCAGUCUUUGGUAGAACACUUUUCAGUUAACGUGAGUAUAUUGUUAUUUAUUUUAUUUCUCCCUCAAAAUGGUUUUUUUUUUUAAUAAAGAGUUGGUUGCACUGAUCUAAAUGUGAAAUUUUUAAGCCUUAACCAAGUAUAUGGACAAUACUGAAUAUCUACACUGAGAUUUAAAAAAAAACCCAACCAAAUAAACCAAAACUAAAGUUCCACUACUACAAAUACAUAUCCAUGUAUUUGUCUGCCUCUGCUGUAUCUAUUUUCUCUUUGACAGGUGCCCUCACUGUCAAUUAAUGAUGACUGAAGUAUAUAUUCAGCCAACUCAGAAGGAAAAUAGCUUACAGCUUCCACCCAAAUGCAUUCAACCUUUACAACAAUCAUGUUCCUCUAAGAGGCUAGGGACAGACAUUCAAAAAGCUGGAGCCUGAACUGAUUCAAUCUUUGCAGG